AUCCCCGCCCUUCCCUCCGCCACUCUGGGGCGGCCACCGGGGAGCUUCACGGAACUGAGGCUGCAAUAGGGGGAGGGGGCUACAAGGCGGAGGGUGGAGCCAGAGAGGAGAGCGGAAGCCCCCCUCCCCUUCCCCCAGGCUGGGUCUCCGCUUCCCUCCGCGAUCCCCGCUUCUUCCUUGGAGGAUCGGCGCUGGAUCCCUCGCGUGGCAGGUGGGGCUGCUCUCCCUCCAGCCAGAAGAUCUUCCCCGCGCCAGGAGGAAGGGAGCUGCGGAUCCCGCUCUUCGGCUCGCCGGGUUUUCCUCGGGGGAGAUCCGGCUCUGGCUUUGCCUGCAGGGAACGGAUCCCUCCGGGGGGGACAAAGGGGGCUCCGUCCCUCGGCUGGAACUACCCCCUCCUCGCCCGGCCAACGAUCCCCCCCCCGCUGGAUCCGGGAAGGAAGCCUUUGGGGAGAUCGCUUUCAGAAGAUCUCUGAGUGAUCGUUGGAAGAGGAAUCCUCGGAACACCCGUUUCGCUCAAGUGCAGUCGGAGAACAGGAAAACAACAGUCACCAAAGAUUUUCCUGCAAACCAACUAUCAACAGAUAAUAGAAAAUCAGCCCAAGGCAGCAGUUGCCAGAAAGGAUGGAGUCCAUGAAACUCUUGGAUCCCCCUUCAGACACAAGCAGCACUCCGAAAAACCACAAAAAAUCUCAUAAGUGCUCAGAGUGUGGGAAAUCCUUUGCUCUCCAGUCCCUCCUUUUGACCCACAGGAAGGUCCAUGUGGGAAGUGGAUCCAGUGAAGGUUUGGAGGGCGAGAAAUCCUUCUCUGGAAAAGACACCAAAGGUCACAGAAGCCCCCACACAUUAAAAACCUAUAAAUGUGUGGAAUGUGACUUAUGCUUUGAUCAAAAGUCAGGACUUCUUAGACAUCAGAAAAUCCACACUGGAGAGAAACCUCACCAGUGUCUGGAAUGUGGAAAAUUUUUCCGUGAAAAACCCACUCUCAGAGACCACGAGAGAAUCCACACAGGGGAGAAACCUUACAAGUGUUGGGAAUGUGGGAAGAGUUUUUCUCAGAACUCACAACUUUGGCUCCAUAAGAAGACUCAUGCAGGAAUAAAAUCUUACAAAUGCUUUGAGUGUGGAAAAUGUUUCACUCGGAGUACGUCUCUCCAGAGUCAUUGGAAAAUACACACAGGGGAGAAAAAUGAAAAGUGCCUCGAAUGUGGGAAAAGUUUUACCUUGAAAUCAUCCUUGGUGCUGCAUCAGAGACUCCACACCGGAGAGAGACCCUAUGAAUGCCCAGAAUGUGAGAAACGAUUUGUGUAUUCUUCUCAACUUCAGAUACACCAGAAGAGGCACAAAGAGGAGAAACCCUAUAAAUGUGGGGAGUGUGGGAAAAGUUUUGUUACACGAAUAGAGCUUCAGGUUCAUGAGAGAAUCCACACAGGGGAGAAACCCUACAAAUGUGCGGAGUGUGGGAAAUGCUUCUCCCAAAGACAAAACCUUGGAACCCAUCAGAAGCUCCACACAGGAGAAAAGCUAUACAGAUGCAUAGAAUGUGGAAAAUCUUUUGCUUAUAAGCAAGUACUUUGGAGACACCAUAAAACCCACACAGGGGAGAAGCCAUAUCAGUGCAGUGAAUGUGGAAGAUUUUAUCGUACCUCAUCGGCCCUUAGAAGUCAUGUGAAAAUUCACACAGGGGAAAAACAUUACAAAUGUUUAGACUGUGGGAAAGCAUUUGCUCGGUCAUCUCAUUUUAGAAGUCACAGCCGAGUCCAUACAAGAGACAUGGAGGCUGGGAAUCGCUUGGAUCUCCCAUCAGACCCAAGAACCACUUCAAGAACGCCCAAAAGAACCUAUGAAUGCUCAGAGUGUAGGAAAUCCUUUGCUCGCAGGUCCCUCCUUUUGACCCACAGGAAGGUCCAUAUGGGAAAGGGAUCUAGUCAAAGUUUGGAGGGUGAGAAAUCUUUCUCUGGUAAAAACUCCAAAGAUCUCAGGAUCUCCCCAAUACUAAAACCCCAUAAAUGUGAGGAAUGUGACUUAUGCUUUAGUCAAAAGUCACACCUCCUUAGACAUCAGAAAAUCCACACUGCAGACAAACCUUAUCAAUGUGUGGAAUGUGGGAAAUCUUUCCGUAGAAAAGGCACUCUCAGAGACCACGAGAGAAUCCACACAGGGGAGAAACCUUACAAGUGUUGGGAAUGUGGGAGGAUCUUUUCUCAGAAUUCAAGUCUUUGGCUCCAUGAGAAGAUUCAUGUAGGAAUAAAGUCUUACAAAUGCUUUGAAUGUGGAAAAUGUUUUACCCAGAGUUCUGGUCUUCGGAAACAUGAGAAAACACACAGAGGGGAGAAAAACAAAAAGUGCCUUGAAUGUGGGAAAUGUUAUACCUUGAAAUCAAGCCUGGAGCGACAUCAAAAACUUCACACUGGAGAGAGACCCUAUGAAUGCCCAGAAUGUGAGAAACGAUUUAUGUAUUCUCAUGAACUUCAGAGACACCAGAAGUGGCACCAAGGGGACCUACCCUAUAAAUGUGGGGAGUGUGGGAAAAGUUUUAUUUCGCCAGCCUAUGUUCAGAUUCAUCAGAGAAUCCACACAGGGGAGAAACCCUACAAAUGUGGGGAGUGUGGGAAAUGCUUUUCCCAAAAACAACAUCUUGGAAGGCAUCAGAGGUUCCAUACAGGGGAGAAGCCAUACAGAUGCAUAGAAUGUGGAAAGUGCUUUGUAGACAAGCGAGGCCUUUUGGGUCAUCAUAAAACCCACACAGGGGAGAAGCCACAUCAAUGCAACGACUGUGGAAGAUUUUAUAGUACCUCAUCAGCCCUUAAAAGUCAUGUGAAAACUCACACGGGGGAAAAAAAUCACAAAUGUUUGGAGUGUGGGAGAACAUUUGCUCAUUUAUGUUCCCUUACAAGUCACAACCGAAUCCAUACAGGAGAGAAGCCCCACAAAUGCUCAGAUUGUGAUAAAUGUUUUUCUCGGAAAGAUACCCUUGUGAUGCAUCAACGAAUCCACACUGGAGAGAAACCGAAUAAGUGUCUGGAGUGUGGGAAAUGUUUUGCCCAUCCUUCAUCACUUCUCAUACAUACCCGAAGUCACGCAAGAGAGCGGCCUCACAAGUGCACAAAGUGUGAGAAAUCUUUUCAUAGUGAAUCAGACCUUAAAAAGCACCAGAAAGUCCAUAGCAGAUAAAUCUCUUCAGAAAAACCUUGUGGGACCCUCCCCUUUUUCUCCCCAGCAGUCAUAUCUUAAAGUUAACGAAGAACUUCACAAACUGACAGAAAGGUAAUCCUACAAUUGUUUUGUGUGGGGAAAAUGGUUUUCUUAGUCAACCACCUCAAAUUCCAUCAGAAUACACAACGAUGCAAAAGGGCAUGUAGGUAAUGGUGUGAAGUUGUUUUGCUCACAAAACAGCAUUAGUCACUUAUCUGAGUCAUUAUACAAAAGAGUUAAUGAGAGUGCAAGGAGUAGAUAUAAUGUUUUGUAGAGUACAGAAAGUCCUUGACUUAUGACCACAACUUGGGAUGGAUUUCCGAUCAUAAGUUGCUACAGUCGUAAGUCAAGAAACUAGGUAUUUCUGUUAAUUUUUACCAAAAUUUAUUGAUCAAUGAAGAGAACUGAAGAUUUAGAGAAGAGAAAAUUGGUUGAGGGGUGGAAUAAAGAUGCAUCUGGUGAUUUAUUUAACAAUAAAGGGUUGAUGUGGAAUAUGCUGGCUGAGGAUGAAGAGGGAAAGUUUAUUUUUCUUGCUAUUUUUUUGGAGGGAUUGUUUUUCUUUUCAUUUAUUGGUUUUGUAUGCCACCCACUCCGGAAGGACUCCGUUGUCUUUUUCAUAUACAAGACACGUCUUUUUCAUACAUGGCAUCGGACCUGGGUACCUGAGAGACCGCCUCCUGCCGAUCACCUCUCUCAGACCAAU